AUGAGCAGCUACGACGAGAAGAAGGAAGAUUCGACGCAGGUCGUCGUCGUCGAUGCCGUCGAGGGCUUCGAGGAUGAGGACCGUUACAUGGCCACCAACGUGGACGUGCACACACAUCUCGUGGACAGCGUCCAGCGAAACAUGGAGCAGCGUCACAUGCAAAUGAUUGCCCUCGCUGGCACCCUUGGCACUGGUCUUUUCCUGGGUUCGGGUAAAGCCAUUGCACACGGUGGUCCCGCAGGUGCACUUUUGGCUUAUGCCCAUGUUGGAACGAUCACUUACUCCAUGCUGCUUUGUUUGGGAGAAAUGACCGUGUUCGCCCCCAUCAGUGGAGGUUACCUGCACUUUUGCGAACGUUUCCUUCACCCCUCCCUUGGCUUUGGACUUGCAUACCUGCAGAUCUUUGCUUCGUGUAUCUCCCUCCCCACUGAGCUUAUCUCUGCGAGCGUUCUUAUCAGCUACUGGGACACUAGCUUUACUGUCGCCCACCAGGCUGCAUACAUCACUGCUCUCAUCAUCGUCGCUUGCUCGAUCAACUACUUUGGUGUCCGCUGGUUCGGCGAGUCCGAGUUCAUCUUCGCAAUGAUCAAGAUUGCCCUCAUUGUCGGUCUCAUCAUCGCCGGUCUCGUGGUCAGCCUUGGCGGUGGCCCCGACCACGACCGUAUCGGUUUCCGUUACUGGAAGGACCCCGGAGCAUUUUCCCCUUACCUCUACGCUGGCAGCAAGGGCAAGUUCCUCGGCUGGUUCACGGAUCUCCUUCAGGCAGCCUACUCGUAUCUCGGUAUGGAGGGCAUUUCCAUCGCCGCCGCCGAGGUCAAGAACCCGCGCGUGUCGGUCACCAAGGCGGUUAAGCGCGUCUUCUACCGUAUUGCCCUCUUUUAUGUCGUUGGUAUGCUCGUGAUCGGCAUGCUGGUUCCUUCGACCGACCCCAACCUUCUCCAAAGCACCGGUACGGCCGCCAGCUCUCCUUUCGUCCUUGCCUUUUCGAACGCUGGUAUCAAGAUCCUGCCCUCGAUCAUCAACGCUGGUGUCCUCACCUCUGCCUUCUCCGCCGCCAACUCGGGCAUUUACGGCGGUUCGCGCAUGCUCUACUCGACUGCGCUCCGUGGUCUGGCUCCCUCGUUCUUUGCCAAGACCACCAAGCGCGGCCUCCCCAUCGUUGCCCUCACGUUCAUCUGCAUGUUCAGCACCCUGUCGUACAUGACCCUGAGCUCUGGCGCCUCUACCGUCCUCAACUGGCUCAGCAACAUCACCUCGCUCAGUGGAUUCAUGACGUGGAUGAUCAUCUGCAUCACCUUCCUCCGCUUCAAGGCCGGCUGCGAGGCCCAGGGUAUCGACCGCAACCAGUUCCACUACAAGAGCCCCUUGCAGCCCUUCCCAGCCUACUGGGCCAUCUUCUGGUCGGCCGUCGUCAUCUUCUUCAACGGAUGGGAGGUGUUCACCAAGGGUAACUGGAACACAUCCGACUUUAUCGUCGCGUACAUUACCAUCCCGAUCUUCUUUGGCUGUGCGCUCGCGCACUAUGUCGUCAAGCGUCCCAGGUGGCUCUCACCCUCCGAGCUCGACUUUGUCUCCAACGUCCCCUCGGAUGAGGAGAUCACCUACGAGGAGCCGGUCCCCACGACCUGGUUCGGCAAGGUCUGCAGCUGGCUCUUCACCUAG